AAGUAGCAUUCUAUCUUAGAAACAAAGAGCAGAAAAUAUCAAUCAAUAUGGGCGCCCUGAGAACACCUCUAGUAUGCAAAUUCUUGCUGAUCAGUCUCAUCCUCGUUGGAUUGUCAUCAAUUUCCAUUGCCAACGCGAAGGUCUACGUAGUUGGUGGUACUAAGCAAUGGGGGUUUUCUUCAUACAGCAAAUGGUCUACUAGCAGAAAAUUCUUUGCAGGAGAUAUACUUGUUUUUAAGUAUCCUGUUGGAACACACAACACCGUCCGCACAACUAAAUUUGGAUAUAGAAGUUGCAAGGCCACUAAAAGGGAAUCGGCAAAGGCAUUGUGGACAGGAAAUGAUAAGUUUAAACUGACAAAAGGAAAUAAUUACUUCAUCUGUGGCAUAACAGGACACUGCUCUGCAGGCAUGAAGAUCAACGUUUUUGCCAGGUAGAAACAGUUUGCACGAUGCUCAGCAACUAAAGCAAAUAAGCUCAUUCUCAAUGGCUUAUUACAAAAACACAAUGUGCCCGUUUUUCUCUACUCGUUGGUGAGUAUGUUUUCAUGUUUUAUGUCUUUGUUUGUAUUUGUAUUUGCCUUAAAAAGAACUAUGUACCAGCAUUGUAAUCCGGAUAUCAUCUUUCCCUUUUGAGAGGAAUAAACUUGAUAUCUUAAUGAUUGAAUGAAUUUCCUCUUUCAUAUAACAA